UUAAAAAAUAGCUCGGGGGCCAGAAGGUUGUCUUCUCCAGUUCUUCUGAAAAUCUCUGCUUCUUCUGCUUCUUCUGCUGCUGCUUCUUCUCAUAACACAAUACAAAUUUACAAUACAAGACAAGAGGGAAGUGAAGGAGCGAGAGGGAGAGGCCAGUGCGUUGAUAUGUUAAGUAUAAUUUUUAUUAUAUAUUAGAUUAGGGUUUUGUAAUGGAAGGAUUAGGGAGGAGAAUAUCAGCCAGUCCAAGGCCCUGCUCUGGACGAAGGGUUUUGGCGAAGAAAAGGGUUCGUCCCGAUGGAUUCCUAAAUAGUGUCAAAAAACUUCAAAGGCGUGAGAUUUCCUCCAAGAGAGAUCGAGCUUUUAACAUCAGUAAUGCUCAAGAAAGGUUUCGCAAUAUGCAGUUGGUGGAGGAAUAUGACACCCAUGAUCCCAAGGGUCAUUGCCCCUUAGUUUUGCCUUUUCUAAUGAAGAGAACUAAAGUAAUUGAGAUUGUCUCCGCUAGUGACAUUGUCUUUGCUCUUGCACAUUCCGGUGUCUGUGCAGCUUUCAGUAGAGAAACAAACAAGAGGAUUUGUUUUCUCAAUGUUAGUCCUGAUGAAGUCAUUCGAAGUUUGUUUUACAACAAGAAUAAUGAUUCACUUAUCACUGUUUCUGUUUAUGCCUCUGAUAAUUUCAGCUCCUUGAAAUGCAGAUCCACUAGGAUUGAAUAUAUAAAAAGGGGUAAGCCAGAUGCGGGCUUUGCUCUUUUUGAAUCCGAAUCAUUGAAAUGGCCUGGCUUUGUGGAGUUUGAUGAUGUUAAUGGAAAAGUCCUAACGUACUCUGCACAAGAUAGCAUAUACAAGGUGUUUGACCUAAAAAACUAUAAUAUGCUGUAUUCUAUAUCAGAUAAACACGUACAAGAGAUCAAGAUAAGUCCGGGCAUCAUGUUAUUGAUUUUCGAUAGAUCUAGUAGUCAUGUUCCUCUUAAGAUUCUAUCAAUAGAAGAUGGCACUGUUCUCAAGGCUUUCUACCAUCUGCUUCAUCGAAAUAAGAAGGUGGACUUUAUUGAACAGUUCAAUGAAAAGCUUCUUGUCAAGCAAGAAAAUGAGAAUCUCCAGAUUCUUGAUGUUCGAAAUGCUCAGCUGAUGGAAGUUAGUAGAACAGAGUUUAUGACUCCAUCAGCAUUUAUCUUUCUUUACGAAAACCAGUUAUUCUUAACCUUCAGAAAUCGAACUGUUGCUGUAUGGAACUUCCGUGGGGAGCUUGUGACUUCGUUUGAGGAUCACCUGUUAUGGCAUCCAGACUGUAACACAAAUAACAUUUAUAUAACAAGUGAUCAGGAUCUUAUUAUUUCCUACUGCAAGGCUGAAUCUGAAGAUCAAUGGAUGGAAGGAAAUGCUGGAUCGAUCAAUGUCAGCAGUAUUUUGACUGGGAAAUGUCUGGCUAAAAUUAAUACUUCGAGUGGCAGUUCCAAUGUUGAUGAGUGCAGCAGUAGUGUUGGGCCUGUUGUCAGCUCAAAGAAGUUGAAGCAAUCCUCCCAGAUAAGAACCACAGUCGCAGAGGCUUUGGAAGACAUAACAUCGCUUUUCUAUGAUGAAGACCGCAAUGAGAUCUACACUGGAAACAGACAUGGGCUUGUUCAUGUAUGGUCUAAUUGAAACAUCCCAUAAUUCUGUUGAGCUAUCUCUACUGCAGAUUGGAUAAUUUUUGUGUAUCAUUAGAUAUCGAGGUGCUUUCACGUUGUAUUUUUAGAUGAUGAAACUGGAAUAUAUUUGUUUGUAGAGUAGCAAUGUUGGUAUAUAGGCUGCCUAUUGAGAUGAAGUGAAAUCUUGCAAUGUCUUCUUGUAUGCUCGCUAAUUUUAUUUCUUUUUGUUUGUUCGCUCA